AUGGCAUCAUAUUACGGAGACAGAUCGAGGGACGUACCAUCAUGGGAAUCCUUAGAAGCGGCAGAUGAUGAUGAUAUAGUAGAUACAUCCGAAUAUUCAUAUGCAUCUCGAGAUCAUAUACUGUUCUGUAUAGAUGCAUCUAAAUCAAUGCAAACUCCCUUCCCAAAUACUACAAACGAAGAUGGGCAAUUUAUAAGAGGUAAAAGUGCUCUACAUCAAGCGUUAGAAGCUGUAGUCAAGAUUCAGAGAAGUAAAGUCAUAACAGGACCCGCAGAUAGUGUAGGGGUUCUAUUAUGGAAUAUCGAGCCAACUAAUGCUCCUUCUUCAAGUCAAGCAUCUUAUAAACCAGGUACAUUGGUAUAUCAAAAUCUCAGAACAAUCAACGCAGAAGAAAUUAAACGUAUCGUUAAAUUAAUGGAAAAUGUCAAUAACCAAUAUGAAUCACAAGGUAAUGAAGAAGAUGCUCAAGAUGAAAAAACUGUUCAACCUAAGAUAUUAGGAGAAACGUUCCCAUCAUGUGAGAAAGAUCAAGAAUUGAAUAUCGCAGAUGUUUUAGUCACUUGUAAUUUCCUCUUUAGAGAUGCGGGAACAAAUUUAGCUGGAAAUAAACGUGUUUUCCUAGUUACAGAUAAUGAUUAUCCACCUGGAAGCAAGAUGAAUAGAGAGCCCUCUAGGACUGUAUAUGGAGAUUUAUCUUCCUAUGGUAUAUCUAUAAAUACGUUUUUUGUCGAUCGACCAGAUCAUAGGUUCAAUCCUACAUUAUAUUGGAAUGAUAUACUUCAACGCGAACCAGAUGAUAACGCACCUGGACCAGACGAAGUUCCAGAUAUAGAUGGUUUAGCAGAAUUAGCGGAAGUGAUGAAUGAUUUAGUCAUUCGACAUGCACCUAAAAGAGUUCAAUUCAGUAUACCAUUGAAGUUUGGUGGUAAAAAUGGUGAUAUAGAGAUUGGUAUAUCAGGAUAUGCGAUGGUUUCUACUCAAGGUAAAGGUCAACCUAAAUUAGUUAGAAUGAGGGGUCAAACUGUUGAAGAGGUUCAAAUCAAAUCUGAAUAUACUUCUGCUGAAACCGGAGCGGUGCUGAAAGAUACUGAAAUUGGUCAAGCGUUUCAAUUUGGAAAUGAAUCGACCGUGAAGAACGUUAUUGAACCUAAUUGGUGGGAAAGCGACGAGCAUCAGUUAGAACAACAGAUGGUCGCAGAUGAAGUACUAAGAUUGGACAAAGAGAAAAGGAUGAGAGAGGAUGAAGCCGAGGAAGGAGAAGAGGAGGAAGAAGUGGCUGAAAAUGGAACCACUCGGAAGACCUCGCCGAAGGUAGCUGAUGCGAUUGAUGAGAAACCUAAAGUGAUAGCGAGAACAAGGUUGCAAUUCACCAACGAUGAAGUAGCAGAAUUCAAAUCUAUGGGUUUGAAACCGCAAAUCAAAAUCAUAGGAUUCCAAAGUCCAGAUCAUUUAUCGGUGGAAGAGAAUCUCAAGCACUCAUAUUUCAUAUAUCCUAACGAGACCGAAUACACAGGAUCAACAAGAACGUUCGCUGCUCUUCUUCGAUCAUGCGUAAAAUUGAAUAAACACGCACUAGCUUUGUGUAGAUUUAGGACAAACACACAACCUGAAUUUUGCGUGUUAAUACCUCAAGAAGAAAGUUUUACUACAGAUGGAGGACAAGAUCAACCUCCCGGAUUUCAUGUCAUAAUCUUACCUUACAGAGACGAUAUAAGGCGACCACCGAAGAAUAUGACUGACAACUUGUUAGCUACUGACAUCCAGGCGAAAUUGAUGUCAAAUGUCGUAAAGAGAUUGAGGAUCAAAGCAGGGCAUUAUAGAUCGGAAGCGUAUCCCAACCCUGCUCUAGCAUACCAUUAUGCGCAGUUGCAAUCGUUAGCUUUCGAAGAAGACUUUGACCCAUCUUCUUCCGCUCAGGAUUUAGAUAAGACUUUCCCUAAAUGGUUUGGAAUGCAUAAAGCCGCCGGUGAAUUUAUGGGUGAAUUUAAUAAGUCAAUUGAAGAAGAUGAAAGGGCAGUAGAAUCCUUAAAAGGUGGAACUAAACGAACUGCCAAGGCCACAAUAGCAGAUGAAGGGGGAUUGGAAGAAGAGGAUUUAAAGGACUUGAAGGGGUUAUGGAAAUUGGGUAAAUUAGAUAAAGCAAAAGUACAAGAACUCAAAGAUUAUGCUAAAUUCCACAAAAUAUCACUCAAUGGGAAGACGAAAAAAGCCGAUUUGAUGGAUAUCCUUUCUGAUCAUUUCGAAAAUGAUAAAACUGGCGAUGACGAUACCAGUGGUAAGAAGAAAAGCAAGAAGUAG